AUGACCUCCUCCUCCCGGUGUUGCAGAUGUAGCGCCGUCUUGAAGCGACAGCAGACAUACUGCACUGGUUGUUGGAAUAGCUGGGGCUAUUUUGUACGGCCCGGUGGCAAAUACGAACUCAGCACCUCUUGUGAAGCUUUGGCAAACCGACUGGGAGUGGAGUUCAACUAUGAUCCCGGACGCAGAAGCAAUCCCUUUAAGUGCAAGUUGUGCCAAAACAUUUUCAACAGUGGCAACUUGGAGGAGCAUUUGCGAGUUCGACAUGCUGCUUCCUUGCGAGGGCACCAGCCAGCAGACAUAGCAACACCCCCGUACUUGCUUGUCCUUCACGUGUCUGGUGCCACAGAUGCUUCAGUUAGCAAAAUUAUUCAGGGAACUUACACCACAAGUGAGUGGCACCACGGGAAGCCGGUCUACCGAAAGGUUUGCCAGGACGCUCCCAGCAUUACGGUACUCAUCUACUACUGGGACGGAAGGGAUAAUGCCUGGGACGAAGGCUGGUGGUUCAGUCCCGAAUUAGGAGCUGACGCCGUCUACGCGUACAACGAGGCAACAAAUGGGAGCAACUUACCUCCUGCUUCUGGCUGGGUGGUUUUCUCCAGUGCCGGUGUCGUCGACGACAACAAGCUGAACAUCCUCAUGAACCUUGAGCCGAAGAAGGACCGACAUCCCGUGGGUCGGCCGAGCCACAAUCCUGUUGACAAGCCGCUGUCUGCCUAUGACGUGGUUGAACAGGUUGAGCCUAUCGUGUACGUAUCCGGCUUCUGCAGUGCUGCCGUCAGCUGCACUAUCCGAGGGGCAUACAUCUUAUCGGCAUGGAAUCACGGAAAGCCCGUCUACCGGAAGCUGCAGCAGCAAGCUUCAGACUCGACAGUGUUGAUUUAUUAUUGGGGCAAACCUGGGGCAGUUUGCCAAGAAGGUUGGCGCUUUGGAGCUUCCUUGGAUGACCAGACGGUAUGGGCUUUCAACGAAUCACAACCCCAGGCCUUGUCGUUGCCCCUUCUUGGUUGGAAGGUGCCACAUGACGGCGAUGUCGACGACAAGUUGAAUAUUUCGACAGAGCCCGAUGCCGACUUGUCUGUCGAGGUGGUUUGGGAGUUUCUGUCGACAGACUGGCAGCCUGUCAGCCGCGAGAUGCAGAACGAGCUGGAGAGUCGCUGGGUGAAAGGCUGGGAUGCUGCUGAAGACGAUGACGAUGGCAUCUUCUGUGUUUCGACGAACGGCUACACCUAUGGCAUCGAUUGUCACGAUAUGCGUCAGCGUAACCUGGACACCGGGCGAUCACGAGAGAUCAGAAGAACACAACGGCUGCAGCCACCGGUCAUCCCAGAGUUGUUCCAAAAUCUUCAGAGGAGUCUGCAACGGGAGAUUCAAGCUCACAUGGCUGAGAAGUCUGAGUUGGCAGCCAGAGUGGUAGAAUUGGAGCAACAGGUUGAUUCUUGGAAAUCUUGCCAGGCGACGGUGGCAGAUUUGAAGCAGCAAAUUUAUGACUUGGAGUCCUGUCAGGUGCAGCAUGAAGAACGUAUGGUUAUGCUGGAGCCUUGGCGCAUGAGUCGCCAGUUGGACAUGAAUGUGCGUGCAGAGGUUCCACUUGAGGACGGAGUGUAUGCUACUCUGCAGAAAGCUCUCAUCUCGGCCUGCCCUGCGGACCAUCGCGGUGAUUGCAGCUAUGCUCGCAGUCUCAACAUCACGGGGCUUGAGCAAGUCCACAACAUCCGACUUUGGAAGAGCUACGAGUUCCGCAAGGAGCAAGUGAAGAAGGAACUGGAAGGCUCCCGUGUUCCAAAAGUCACCAGCAGCUUCUCGGGCUGCAGCUGGGCCAAGCUGGACUCCACGGUGAAUGAGAUCUGGGUGCUUCAUGGCACCACGCCGGACAAAGUCGACCUCAUCGUGAACUUCGGUUUUGACGAGCGCUUGGCACGGGAAAGAGGGCUCUACGGCCAAGGAGUGUACUUCACGGACCAGACGUGUAAGGCAUUCCAGUACUCCGGCGCAGGCAGGCAAGCCGAAGGCUGCUUCAUCAUCACACGCCUGAUACUUGGCGAGCCCCACUAUGCAAGAGGCCCCCUACCUCAAGUUAAGGUCGAGCCUUUGCGAGAUCCGAAGGACACAUCGAAAGGUCGCUGUCAUUCUGUGAUCGCCGCCCCAGGCACGCCGUCCAGCAACGGUGCAACACAGGUCCACCGGGAGCUCGUGAUCUUCAACGGCGCGCAAGCAUACCCUGAGAUGAUCGUUCGCAUCCGGAAAUGA